CGCUAGCUUCCAUAUAAACAUUUUUAGUUGGUCCUAAAACAUGAGCAUGUGCAUCAAAGCGUCUUUCGGACUCCUACUCCUGGCUCUGAUUUUGGAAUGUGCCAAUGCACAGACGUGUGAGCAGCCUUUUAGUCGAGUUGGAAACAAGUGCUACCACGUGUCCUUACAAAAGGCCAAUUGGCAUGUCGCCGAUCGCAGUUGUCGUAAACUUGGUGCCGAACUUAUGGUGCUUGACAACGAAGAGGACAAACGCCUUACAACCGAGUUCCUGAAGAGUAUGGGACUUUCCUUUACCCAAAGCUGGCAUCAUUCCGUUUGGGCUGGCAUCAAUUGCUUGGGUAACCGGCGCAUCUUCCUUCUUGCCAAGAACGGCGACGCUGUGCCGUACCUAAACUGGGUGCCUCGGGAGCCAAACAACGCUUCUCCCGAAGAGGAUUGUGUGGGAUUCGCCAACUACAACGGAGCCUUUGGGUAUCACGAUAUAGAGUGCAAGGUUCAGUUUCCAUUUGUGUGCCAGAGGGAACCAGCAACGGACUAUCUCUGCCUUAAGCGGGAUCUCUUUCUAGAGGCCCUUUUGUAGGGCAUUCAUUUUCAAGUUAAGAACUCACUAAUGAACCUCACAAAUAAAUGUUUUUUACUUACCUACAAAUUGUAAACCAAAA